AUGGUGCGUGUGCUACGUCUGACCCAGGACGAUUCCGGUUGGAGCGUCGGUGGAGGCAGUGCUGAGACUGAUCGUUGUCUCCUGCACACCCGUACACUCUACCCGGCCAACAUUCUGCGCCUCCACACCGGUCGUGCAGUCAUCGGCAAUCCAUGCAACCCGUUCCGGGCGCUCUCCACUACGGCGACGCUAUUUCUGAACGGGUUUCCGUUCUGGCCCUGUUCUGGUUACUUCCCCUUCAACAGCCAGCUAUCCAUCCAGCCAGCUUGCGUAGUCGUAGUCGUCGUCGUCGUCGCCGUCGUCGUCCGGAUUCGACAACGAGGAUAG